GGAGUUACCGCCUUACAUCAGGAAAUCGAGUUUGUGCUGGCUGCUGUGUAGUUCAGAUAACAUUCAGAUGGAGGCUUCUCUGGGAUGUCUGCAGAACCCUGACCUAAGCUCUGUGCUGUCGUCAUGCGAGCCGGAGCUUCAGGAGCUGAUGAGACAGAUCGAUAUAAUGAUCGACCAUCAGAGGAGGGAGUGGGAGGCUGAGACUCAGGCCAUGGAGCUCCGGCUGGAGAGAGGCGAAGAUGAGCUGUUGGCUUCCAGGAACCUGGUUGAACGGAGGGACCUGGAGAUCGGACUGCUCCGCCAGCAGCUGGAGGAGGUGCAGCCGGGCCGACAUGAGAUGGUUACCCAGAACGAGAAGCAGCUGCAGCGGCUCCGCGAGGAGGUGAG